AUGGAAGCUUACAGUCGGGCAGGUUUUCCUUAUGGUGCUGCAGAAAUCUUUUCAUUGAUGCAGCAUAUGGGAUUUGAACCAUGUAGUGCGUUUUGGACAUUUCUUUUGCAAAGAAGUUUAAACAGACAGUGGCUCGAAAAAACAAACUACAUAGUAUUUGGAUUGGGAGACUCUGGUUAUCAUAAAUACAAUUUUGUUGCAAAGAAGCUUGACAAAAGACUUGCAGAUCUCGGGGGAACCAUAAUUCUUGAAAGAGGUUUGGGAGAUGAUCAACAUUCUUCAGGAUAUGAAGGGUCCUUAGAUCCAUGGAUGUCAUCUUUAUGGACCAUGUUAUAUAAUAAAAAUCCAAAAUUCUUCCCAAAAGGUUUAAAUAUUUUUGUGUCUGAUAUGAAGAUAAUUGGUCAACCAAAAGUGGAAAUCACAUAUCUUGACUCGAAUGCAGUACAUUCACAACCUUCAACACAAAUUGAUUUGAAGUUACUUGAGAAGGAUAUAGUGAGGUGUCGGACAAUGUUGUCUGCAAAAAAGUCAAAUGACAAGAGUAAACCCGAUUACUUUUUGAAACUGGUUAAAAAUCAACCAAUAACUAGAGCAAGUUAUGACAAAGAUGUACGCCAUUUGGAAUUUGAGCCACUUUUAUCUACCGAUGAUAAUUUAUCACAAUGUCUUGUAGAGGCUUCCUUAUUUCAAUUUCCCAGCACACUUAGAAGGUUAUUUGCGACGAUGCUGAUUUUUUGUGAACCAGGAAAUGUUCGCAAGUUAUGGGACGACUACUAUGAUUCUCUUUCUGAAGAUUAUAGGAAACAAUAUGGAUGUGUCGAACGAGUGCAAAAUAUGGUCCUCAUUGACAUUAGAGUCUUCCUAGAAUCUAUGAGUAAAAAACUUAGUGAUUACGACCUUCCAAAUGUCAGUUCACACAUCGAUUUACAAUCAAGAGGCUAUCGUGAGGUGCAAGAAGAAUACUCUAUAAAUGUGGAAUAUGAAGACUUACAUGCGCCAGACUCUCUCAAUCUAGACCAGAAGUUUGCAUAUGAUGAGAUAAUGAGGCAUGUGGAUGAAAAUAUUCCGGGUGUGUUCUUCAUAGAUGGUCCUGGUGGAACUGGAAAUACAUUUUUGUACAAAGCUUUGUUGGCCAAUAUUCGUGUCCGUGGUCUUAUUGCACUUGCAACUACCACGUCAGGUGUUGCGGCUAACAACAUGCCACGAGGGAGAACAGCUCAUUCACGAUUUGGAAUUCCCCCCAAUCUUGAUAAUAACUCGAUGUGCAAUAUCACUAAACAAAGCGGGAAGGCUCAGCUACUUCGCGAGGCAAAGGUAAUCAUAUGGGAUGAAGCAGCAAUGGCUAAGAGGCAGGCGGUAGAAGCAGUUGAUCGGACAAUGCAAGACAUCACAGAUGAGAAGCUCUCUUUCGGUGGAAAGAUAAUGGUUAUGGGAGGUGACUUUAUACAAGUUUUGCCGGUCGUGAGACGUGGCACUCGAGCACAAAUUGUGGACUCUAGCUUACAAAUGUCACCUCUAUGGGCUUCAGUUAAAAGGCUUCGAUUAAAUAUCAACAUGAGAGCGGUAAAUGACCCAUGGUUUUCUGAUUUUUUAUUACGAGUCGGUGAUGGAAAGGAGGAAACAUUGGACGAGUCCUUUAUUCGUAUACCUGAUAACAUGUCCAUUUCAUACACUGAUAAAACUAAUUCAGUGGACGCUCUGAUUGAUGCAAUAUUUCCUUCUUUGCAAUCCAACGGCGUCGGUUCAAAAUUUAUCAUUUCGAGGGCGAUAUUGUCAACUAAAACUGAAAGUGUUGAUGAGAUUAAUAAUAAGUUGAUCGAACGAUUUUAUGGCGAGUAA